CAUGGCAGCGGCUCUGGCGCCCGGCGUGGCGCCGGUUCGAGCCCGGUUCCUCACCUCCAAGGAGCAGUUCCACGCCUACCUGCGGGCAGGGGGCGAGGAGGAGGAGGAGGAAAAGGAGGAGAAGAAGGAAGAGGAGCAGGUCAGCGAACCCCCAGCCAAGAGGGUGAAGGCAGAGGAGCUCGGCCAGGAUGGGGAGAGCCAAGGGAAUGCUGGAGAGGAGGAGAAGGAGCGUCCAGAAAAGAAGAGAGCCCGGGGGCAGAACAAGAGCCGCCCCUGCAUGAAACCCAACUGCUACGAGCAGAGCAGGCUGUGCCCCUCGGUGACACAGGGCCGUGGCGGGCAGUGCCACUUUGGGCCGCGCUGCCGCUUCCUCCACGACGUGUCCCAGUACCUGGCGGCCAAACCCGCGGACCUGGGCCAGCGCUGCGUCCUCUUCGACACCUUCGGCCGCUGUCCCUACGGUGUCACCUGCCGCUUCGGCCAGGCCCACCUCGGGGACGGCCACCAGAACCUGGUCAACGCCUCCCUGGUGCAGCAGUGGGAGGGGAAGGUGCUGGUGAGGAACGGCCUCUCCAAGGAGCUGCAGCAGCAGCUGCGCAAGAGGAAGUUCAGCUUCCACAAGGCCGAGGAGUUUCUGCGUGGGCUGCGUGCUGGGAAGGGAGGCAAAGCCACGGGGAGCUCCACAGAGGUGUCCAACUGCACUGAUCCCCAGGAGGGCCUGAGGGACAGCCCUGUGCUGCAGGAGCAGGGAGAGGAUCCCAGACCUGAGGCCCUGCAGAGCUCCCGAGGGGCUGAGGCUGAAGGUGCUCCCUCCAUCCCAACCCUGGGCCCGCUGACAGAUGAGGACAUCACGAAGCUGCGGCCGUGUGAGAAGAAGAAGCUGGAUAUCCAGGGCAAGCUGUACCUGGCUCCACUGACCACGUGUGGGAACCUCCCGUUCCGACGGAUCUGCAAGCGUUUUGGGGCAGAUGUCACCUGUGGGGAGAUGGCUGUGUGCACCAACCUGCUCCAGGGCCAGUCCUCCGAGUGGGCUCUGCUCAAGCGCCACCACACCGAGGACAUCUUCGGGGUGCAGCUGGAGGGAGCCUUUCCAGACACCAUGACCAAGUGUGCAGAGCUGCUGAACAGGACAAUCGACGUGGAUUUUGUUGACAUCAACGUCGGCUGCCCCAUCGACCUGGUCUACAAGAAGGGAGGAGGCUGUGCUCUCAUGACUCGCUCCAACAAGUUCGAGCAGAUCGUCCGCGGGAUGAACUCGGUGCUGGAUGUCCCCCUGACGGUGAAGAUCCGCACUGGGGUGCAGGAGAAGGUCAACGUGGCCCACAAAAUCAUCCCCAGGAUCCGCGAGUGGGGCGCGUCCAUGGUCACGCUGCACGGGCGCUCGCGGGAGCAGCGCUACACGCGCAGCGCGGACUGGGCUUACAUCGCCGAGUGCGCCCGCCUGGCCAGCCCCAUGCCUCUGUUCGGAAAUGGGGAUAUUUUGUCCUAUGAAGAUGCAAACCGAGCCAUGCAGAUGGGAGUUUCUGGAAUCAUGAUUGCAAGAGGGGCACUGAUCAAACCCUGGCUUUUCACUGAAAUCAAGGAGCAGAGACACUGGGAUAUCUCCUCCAGGGAGAGGUUUGACAUCCUCAAGGACUUCACCAACUUUGGCCUCGAGCACUGGGGCUCAGACACUCAGGGAGUGGAGAAAACCAGGAAAUUCCUGCUGGAGUGGCUCUCCUUCCUGUGCAGGUACAUCCCAGUUGGGUUACUGGAACAUCUACCUCAGAAAAUCAACGAGCGGCCUCCCUAUUACCUGGGCAGGGACUACCUGGAGACCCUCAUGGCCAGCCAGAACGUGGAUGAUUGGAUCAAAAUAAGUGAGCUGCUCCUGGGCCCCGUCCCGCCCAGCUUCACCUUCCUGCCAAAGCACAAGGCCAAUUCCUACAGAUAGGGCUGGCCUGGCCCUGUCUCUCGGCGUCAGGAAGACUUUGGAUGGGCUGUGAGAAGGAGCAGGGCUCCUGGCAGUUGGAAUA